AUGUCGAAACGCCCGAAUUCGGAUGACAUAAUGAGCGACGCAAAGCAAGUCGCAAUAGCAAUUGCAACCCAACAACUCUUGUCUCAAGCAAGAAGAGCCAACCGCCAGCAACAACCACGCGAAUGCUUCUUCUGCUCUUCAAACAAUCAUAAAGAGGAUCAGUGUGACCAGCCGAAUACAAAGUUAUACAAGUUCCGAAAGAUCCAUGAGAACAACCGAUGUAUAAUCUGCUUAGGACAAACAACCGGAAAUCACACAAUUCGUACCUGUAGGAAACUACGUUAUCCGGAAAACUUGUGCUCAAACAUGGAGUGUAAACAAAUGGUUAUAAUACACAACCACAGUAUUUGCCUGAACGAUCAACUACCACAAACGGCCCAACCACCACCGAAACAGUCAAAGAAAUGA